AUGGCACCUCUAUUCGCCCUGCUCGGCCUAUUGGGCUUCCUGACCUCGUUCGUCUCGGCAACAGCCUUGACAUACAAGCUUCCACCCAAUGGAAAGGAGUGCUUCUAUUCACACAUUGAGCAGAAGGGCGCAAAGGUCGCCUUUNACUUUGCUGUCCAAUCAGGCGGCUCCUUCGAUGUCCACGGACCCAGCUCAGAGCCUGGAAGAGAAAAGACCAUUCUUGAUGGCACCAAGGAACGUCAGGGCGACUUUGUCUUCACAGCCAACGAGGUCGGCGAGUACCGCUUCUGCUUCGACAACAGCAUCAGCACCUUUGCCGACAAGAUGAUCGACUUCGAGAUCUCCAUCGAGAACGAGCCCCGUGCCGCCAGCAUUCCCUCCAAGCAGGGCGCCAACAUUGAACAGACUUCGGCCCUCGAGAACUCGGUCCUCAAGCUCAGCGGCCAGCUCAGCACAAUCACCCGUCAGCAGAAAUACUUCAGAACUCGCGAGAACAGAAACUUCUCCACCGUCAGAAGCACCGAGCAGAGAAUCUUCAACUUCUCCAUCAUUGAGAGUUUGAUGAUGGUCGGCAUGGCUGGCCUGCAAGUCUUUAUCGUCAGAAUGUUCUUCCAGACCGGCCGCAAGGGUUAUCUCUAG